AUGGCUCAACGUUUAAGUAAAGAGCAAGUUAAAAAGUUAUUUCAAGACUUCGAUAAUGGAAAUGGAAUUUUAUCAUUAGCAGAAGUUGAUCGAGCUAUUGUGCACUGGCAUCCUGAAUUGGGCACAAAUCGUCAGGCUAUGCUUCGUGCUUUUAAAGCAGCAGAUACAAAUAAUAGUGGUUUUGUUGAACUAAAAGAAUUUCGUCAUUUAAUUGAUUUAUUAUAUUUUUAUAAUAAAUUAAGUACUUUAUUUGGACAAUUAGAUACAAAUCAUGAUAAACGAAUAAGUUUUGAUGAAUUUAAAAAAGGCCAUGAACUUAUAGGUGAUGAAGAUACAGAUGAAGAUGAAUUAAGACAUGAAUUUCAUCGUAUUGAUACCAAUCAUGGUGGAUAUAUUUUAUUUGAUGAAUUUUGUAUGUAUAUGGCAAAGAAAAAAGCUCAAUAA